AAUCGCUUCCUUAAUAUUGGCAAAGGCAAACGACAUGAAGAACACAAACGCAAAGUUAACCACACUCGUUGUAGGGUUUCUCGUUCUCAUGAUGACAUUGAUGAAUCUUCCUCAUGCGCUUCAAGGUGGAAACAUAGAUGUAGUUGGAUCCAAAUAUGAAGAUAAUUAUGGUCUUAUGGUGAGCGGAAGUGAUGAACCUCCCUUGAUGGGACGAAAGUUAAAAAGUUCAAAAGCUAUAGAUCAGUCUGCAACAAAGAAAAGAACAGAUUCAGCAAAAGAGAUCGAUAAUCUAAUGAGAGGCGAUUAUUCUUCACGUAUGAAAGGAAAGAAAAGGAGCCCAAUCCAUAAUUGA